AUGUCAUCCACCGAUGGGGGGAUAUCCCCUGUUCCGUAUUUUGUUCUCAAGGAAAUUAGUCUUCGGAGUGACUUCCAAACGGUCCAGAAACUCAGUGCAAUGUCUUCCACGACCAAGUCCUUGUUAAUGGAUCCCGACAUUCUUUCUCAGCUGUCGCAUCGAGACGUCCACACCCAAAUCGACUUAGUUGAUUGUCUUAUAACCGCCCGACAACAACGCGACAUGGCGAAUCGGGAAUACACUGACAAAAUCAAAUUGUGGAAAUAUAACUUUACCAAGCAACGGUAUUACUGUGUGCAGAGUCUCUUCAGUAACAUCUUCUGUGACACCUUCUCGUUAUUCUGUGUGUUGUGCUUUUUCAUCAUACUUGGGUAUUACCUUGAUGGGAAAUUGGGUACGAUGUUCUAUGGGAUUCUAGUGUUAUUCCCCGUAGUCCUUCACUAUGGCAUUUUCUCGCUCGUUGUUAUCAUCAACGCAAAGACGUAUACUCCACGCAACGAGAGCGACAAGAUCUAUUCCUUAUUUCUCGGCUGGCGAAAUCUCUGUUCAUCCGUCUUCAUCGCACAAUCGGUGCAAUCGGUGGAUCUCUCAUUCUUCCUUCCCGUUAUCAUCGACUUGACAUAUGUAGUCGUGUGGGUGUGGUAUAUCUAUCACUUCAAUUUCGGUCUCGUGUUGCUUCCAUAUAGCAUCUUCUGUGUGUUAAGAAUUUUCGAUGUCUUUGAAUGCAAAAAGUCGUUUCGAAUACUCUUCAGAUGUUUUAAAGUUGUGAACGUCCCUUACAACAUCUUUCUCAGUGGUCUUGUGAUCUCUACAAUGGUAUAUAUAUAUACUGGUAACAUCUUUCACUCGAAUAUAUAUAUCAUUGUGGUAUCUCUCUUCACUACACUAUUCAUUCUUUCAAAUUGCUUGUUGGCUAUAUUCAUCCACUUCAUUAGAAAUAGACUGAACUCGACUCUUGUCACAGAACACUGUUAUAAUGUCGACAAUUUACGAUUCACAUAUCGCGCAGUAUACUUAUCAACUGUCGGGGGGAUCACAGUAGUACUGGGUCUCAUCACUACUAUCCUCUCCCUUCAAAUCAAUGAUAAGAAGAGGGAGAUGUCUUACAUCACCGCGUUCAUUCCACUCCUCGCCGGAAUGUCUUUGUCUUAUUUGUGUGGGUUGGUCACCGUCCCUUGUUACCAAAAAUACUGCUGUCCUUAUCUCUGUCCAGACUCUUUCGGUGGACUGAAAACACUCUUCUGUUGCUCGUGGUGUGCUGUUCCUUACAAAGGAAACUACCAAAAAUUGUAUUGA